AAGACACCUGCAUGCUGGCGAGAGGGACAUUGGUUUGUGUCUGAAGCAUCGCCAUGAUGAGGCUGGAUCAUUGUGUGAUGGACACGGAGUGUUUUGAGAGAAAUAAAUUUCUGAACGACCAACACCACCUGAGGUCCACCUUUGACAAAAACCAGUUCGACAUAUGGAGUCUGAUAAAAAGACCUAUGACGGCAAACUCCUAUCAACUAACGGCGCGAUACCGCGUCAAGAGCGCCCCAGUGCGACGCGCAAAGAGCGGCGUUGUGACGCGUCGACGACGACGUCUUGAAUCCCGUGCUGAGAGUGAGGGGUGCGAGUCCAUUCACAGCAUCACGACUGCCACGGACUGUACCUUCUUUGAUCUGGACAAGGACUUGCCGGACGACUUCUUCGAUCAAGAUGAUGACGAGGCAGACUCGCCCCGACGACCCCAGAGUAUCGCUGGAACCCACAGUCAGAAAAUGUACCUGCGUACGUGCAAGGCGAUGAGGAUCACCCCAACCAACUACGUAUUUCGCCACCUAGCGGAGGAGAAGAUGGACCUCAAGCACCACCUGCUGGGACCGGAAGGAGCAAAGGCAUGCGCAAUAUCACUCGUUGAGAAUUCCACCGUCCAGAGCCUUGACCUUGAAGACAACGCAGUAGGAGUGAAGGGGGCGGGAUAUAUCGCCGAGAUGCUCACAGAGAACAGCUUCAUCACGGAACUGCAAGGAAACAACCUACAAGAAUAUGACGGAGCGUUGUUCUCCAAUCUCAUUGAGGAUUCACAGAACCUUAAAGAAUUGAAACUGAGCCACAACUGCUUCUGUGAGAUCGGCGGUAUCACCAUCGGCGAUGCUCUUGGGUGGAAUGACACGAUAGAGUUCUUGGACUUGAGCUGGAAUCAUCUGAGACGGUCCGGAGCGACAUCGAUUGCUAAAGGAAUUGGCAUCAACAGUGGGCUAAAGGUGCUGGACUUGUCCUGGAACGGCUUCUAUCUGGACGGAUGUAAGGAGCUCGCCAACGCCUUGGAGAAGAACUCGACUCUGGAGGACAUCAACCUGUCAUCCAAUAGGAUCAACAAACAGUGUCUUCAGGAACUCUGGAAGGGGCUCAAGAAGAACGAGACACUGCAGAAAUUACGGCUGUCUGACAACCCCAUCACAUCCAGUGGAGCCUACUUCCUCCUCAAUUCACUGAGAGAAACAAAAUCAUCCGGACUAAACUAUGUGGACCUGGGGACGCAAUGCGUGGAGGGGCCGUUCGUGACGAUGUUGCAAGACAUGCAGGAGCAGCGGUCCCUGCAGAUGAAGUACGGUGCUGUGUGGGACCAGUCGAUGGAGGCGGAGGAUGACGAGAUGGACCUGGUGGACGAGAACCCUGUCCUCAUCUUGAUGGAGUUCGGCAAGCUGCUGGGACUGAGGUUAACAGACCUCUUCUGUAUGAUGGACAAGGACAACAGCAAGACGCUGACUAGGAAGGAGAUCAAGUGCGGGUUAUUGGAGUGCAACAUACCGCUGUCAGAGAAGGCCGUGGACCACUUGGUAGAGAAGCUGGAUCAGGAUGGUGACGGGGAGAUUGACUAUGGAGAAUUAACAGCUGGGCACCAGCAACACCGACGGAAGUUGACGAAGACGAUCAUGAUGUCGCGAGAACGUAACGUUGACAUGGAAGACACAGAUGUGGGCCGUGUUCGGAAAAAGCUACAAAAGCUGAUGGCGAAACAGCUCGGCGGCGCCAUCUUGAAUACUGGAUUCAGUACAAUUACAGAUCUCGCGAGAAAAAACGGGAAAGUUGUUGACACGAAGGACAAACAGAAGAAGGCAAGGCCUUCCCAAAAACAUAAGUGAUAUUAUGUUGAUAUUACAGAAAAAUAUUGAUAUUAUGAGUGCAUUUACAAAAGAUUGUGAUAUACAUACGCAAACUAAGUAUUGGAUACAAAGGAGCCAAGAAUUAUCUUAUGUUAAGUGAUUUAAAAACGGAAUGGAUAAACCUGAGAAUGAGAUGAUGGCCAAGUUGUUGGUGUAACAUUCGGCUCGGCUCAAUCCAGUGAGACCUCGGCAAACACUGACAAGAACCCAUGUUGAAACUAGGCUUUGAUGAACCUUAUAUGACUGUUCAAAUUGCUUCCGUUUUCUUUUGUAUUCAAAUUAAAGUGAAAUAUCAUUUUC